AUGGGAGCCCCGCUGCUGCCGCCGGCGCCCGUGGUGCUGUGGCUCUUGAUCCUUGGCUCAGCUCAUUAUGUUGCCGGAUCAGAUGGUAAUGACACCUACUCUGGGAAGGGGGAACCACUGUCUGGGGACCACAGUGCUGAUGGAUUUGAGGUGACCUCAAGAAGUGAGAUGUCCUCAGGAAGGGAGAUUUCUCCUGCGAGUGAGAUGCCUUCUGGUAGCGAACUGUCUUCAGGGAUUGACUAUGACUACGCAGAAGAAUAUGAUUUUGAGUCACAAAUAUCUGGCUAUAUCAUAGAUGAUUCAGUCAGAGUUGAACAGGUAGUUAAGCCUAAGGAAAACAAAACAGAAAGUGAAAAUACUACAGAUAAACCCAGAAGAAAGAAAAAAGGAAAAAAAAGAAGAAACAGAAAGAAGAAUCCAUGUAAUGGACAAUUUAAAAAUUUUUGCAUUCAUGGAGAAUGCAAAUAUAAAGAGAACAUAAAAAUAGUAACAUGCAAAUGUCAUCCGGAUUACUUUGGUGAACGGUGUGGGGAAAAGUCCAUGAAGACUCACAGCAUGGUUGACGGUGGUUUAUCAAAAAUUACAUUAGCAGCCAUAGCUGCCUUUAUCUUAGCCGUGUGCGUCACAAUUAUUGCUGUUCUUAUUACAAUCUACCUUCGAAAACGAAAGUUCAAGAAAUAUGAAGGAGAAGCUGAAGAACAAAAGAAACUUCGACAAGAAAAUGGAAAUGCACAUGCCAUAGCAUAAAUGAAGGUAUCAGGUCAGAGUCACUGUCAAGUCACAACCAUGAGUGAUGAGUUGAUUCCGCUCUUCAGUGGAUCAUAUGGAAACAGAACUUUCUUGUUCUAAUGGUUUUAAACUUUCAAUUGUCA